GAACUGUUGCUGCGAUCGGGCGAUCGAUGUGAACGAUCCGCGUUACUGGCGCCAUAUGAAAUUCGAGUUCGCGAGAUAAAAACCGCGAGAAGGCAAAGAACACCGCAAAAGCCGAUGUAAACAAAGAGAUAUGGCUGAUAGUUCUGCACUUUGCAAGACAACUUUAUCAACUGACACGCGUAUUGAAACGGAUACUUUUUAGUUAGGUGCUGGAGUGCCGAUUCUGCCGCCUAAAGUGCCAAAUAUUCAAAGUGAACUAUAAAAAGCAACCAUGAUGAGUGGCCAGCCACUUGGCUCGAGGGUUUGGCUGUUGUCCGGAGUGCUAUUAGUGACAUUUGCUGGGACGGAUGCCUACGGAUUUGGACGUUGCCCGAAUUAUCCAUCCAUGCCAAAGUUUAACAUGAGUCGGGUCCUUGGACACUGGUACGAGGUAGAGCGCUCUUUUUAUCUUCCGGAAAUCGCAUCCGGGUGCACCACCUUUCAGUUUGAGCCGUACAACAAGGGCGAACAAUCCAAGUUUUCCAAUUUCAAGCUGGCUGUGGCCAUUAAAAACAUAAAUCGCAUAACUGGUAACCCGAACGUAAACAUUGGCUAUGCAACGCCAGAAAACAGCCGAUCCUCCAUCAUGGACUUUAAGUUUACCACCCGAUUUCCGGACGUAAUUGCCCGACUGCUGCCAGGUUCCGGAAAGUACCAGGUGCUCUACACGGACUACGAGAACUUCGCCAUCUUGUGGUCCUGCGGCAGCAUCGGCUCACUGGGUCACUCCGAUCAGAUCUGGAUUCUUGGACGUGAUCGGGACUUCGAGGUGGAUGUCCGCUCCAAAGUUUACGAUGUGUUGAAGCGACUCUCUCUGGAUCCGGAAAGGCUGAUCAUCAGCAAAAACAAACAAUGCCCCGAGGCGCUGUAGGAGGCUCCUCCAGCGGCUCAUCCCCCAUCUAUAUGUAUAAGUUCAUUCGGUUAAGGAACAAAUUACAUUUGAUGCCUAAUCAUUUAGGCUGCUGUGAUAUCGAGGAGUGUGAAUCGGCGGAGAGAGGCGAAGCAACGCAAAUACAGAGACAAACAAGAGUAACUCGAUCGGGAUUUUCAAUACAUGAACUCAUGCCCGCAUUGCCAAUUAACGCGGGUGUCCUAAUUAAUUUGCAAUAAAUAGAAUUUUCCAGUCA